AUGGCAACAGAAGAAAAACCCAAGUUUGACGUCAAGGCCGCAACAAAAAUCCUCGAAGAGGUGGUGAAGAAGGUCUUAAAGGAUGCCACAUACCGGUCAGAUCUCGUCCAAGAGUGGCAAUCCGCCAUCUAUCAGGAAGCCAUCGCCCGUCUCACCACCCAUCUCAAAGGCAAUACCUUCAAGUUCAUCGUAACGAGCACGUUCCUAGAGUCGAUCGGCGCAGGCAUCCACAUCUCAUCCACCAGUCUCUGGGAUGCAGAGUCCGAUGGAGCGGCCGUCCACCGCUUCGAGAACAAGUCCAUGAUCGUCAUCGUCUACGCAUUCGGAUUGUCCGUCUAG